UGAGCUCUCUCCUCCUUUCCCUGAGAUCCGUGAAGGGAGGGAGGCUGCUGAGGACGCAGGCUGCUACUGGAGCGGUGGGUCCAGGGCAUGCUCUGAUCACAUCAGGUUCGUAUCGUCAUGCUCGUCAACAAAGACUUUAACCUUCAAGUGGAGGAGGAUAACCCCCCAGUGAGKCGACUGACUGCUGCCAGUGAUGAGUUCCACUGCUGAUAGGACCAGGGAGCAAAUGCCCGUCUGGACCUCCACAGGGUCGAGCCAGGACAGCCAUGGCCAAGAGAGACUACCUGGUGGAGGCAGCCAAGCAGAUCCGCAUGGCUCUGGACAGGGAGGUCAGUGAAGACUAUGAGGCUGCCUUCAGCUACUACAAGAACGGGGUUGACCUGCUGCUCAAUGGAGUUCAAGUGGACCCUAACAAGGAGCGCCGGGAGGCAGUGAAGAGGAAGACUACUCAGUAUCUAAAGAGGGCAGAGGAAAUCUUUAUCUCCCACCUGCAGGACAACCUGGGGAAGGGGAACUCUCACUUAGGGGGUUACAGUAGUCUGAGAUUCCGGCCAAUCAGACACCUGAGCUCCCCAGUGGAGGAUCUGGAGAUGUGUAAAGUGGUGGGGAUCAUCGAUAAGGUCCUGAUUGUCCAAAGCCUGAUUACCAAGGAGAAAUUUGUUGUUAAAAGCCUGCCCAAGUCGAGCUGGGAGAGCCGGGACCAGCCCACUAUCAUCCCCCAGGGGGUCCCCUUCAUGGUGAAGCUGCUGAGGUACUAUGUCAGUGAGGAUGCUGUGUACCUGCAUCUGGAGCAUGUUCAAGGUGGGAAGCUUUUCUCCAAACUGCACAAGGUGAGGAACGACCGAGCCAAAGAGCACCCAGAAUGCUCCAGUCCCAGCCAGCACAGGAUCAAAAUGAAGAACAGCUACACCUCCCCUACCAUCAGCUCAGACUACCAGCAGAAUGACAGAAAGGGCACAGAGAAAACCUCUCUCCUGGAGACGGAGAACGAGGAGAGCCCAGACACAGACUCCCCGGCAUUCUGGCUCGAGGCUCAGCAUCGUCUAGAAAGCUGUAGGACCCACUCCUACUGCGAGGAGACAGGCUGCCUGCAGAACAACUCCAGGUCUGCAGCGCCACACACUCCGGCGACACAGCCCUCCUUAUCUAGGUCAGACACCAGUCCCCAUAUCCAUCCAGCAGGCCUCAGUCAGUGUUUGCACUCUAAAACUCAGGACAAACCUGCUCUCUGUGGUCAUCUGUGUAUCGAUCAGGCCCCUGAUGUCACCUCUGAGCCCUCUAGGAAGGCCACUGGAACAGAAAAAAUUGAAUCCAGUUUGGAUUUCAACAUUGUGUGGAAGGCUGAUCUGACUCGUAACUGUGAAAGUUCAGCCCCCUAUGCAGAGACUCGUACUGACUCAGAUAUAGCUGCAGGUAAAUCUGUACCUCAAACAACUCAGACCUCUUCUGGUGGUACAGGGUCAACAUUGAACUUCAAGGAUCAUUCUAUCAGUUUAUAUUCACAGAAAAGUUACGUUCCCACUACAUUGCAAUUACCCCUCCAUAAUCAAAGCCAGGUUAGUGAGAGAGCAACUUUGACCUCCAAUGGCUCUCACCAAGACAGUGUUUCAGGUAGAGACCUUGAGAACACUGUGACAGACACACACCAGGGUAGAGGGAAGGAGAAGGUAAACCAUCACAUUACUGAGGAGAGCAUGGUGAAUUCAGUAACCAGGGACACAGAGACUUCCCAGCCUGGCAGAGCUGUGUGUCCCUCUACAGACAAGCUGAAGCUCAUGAGGACAUCCUCAGGGAACUCUCACCCCCCCUCAGUCUCUCACUGUCACAGUACUGGGACACAGCUGGGGAUCCAGCCAGGCACUUCUCUGGCCCUCACAGGGGUGAAGUAUCAGGUGGGGCCUCCUGGCAGAGAGCCAGUGGAGGAGGGCUGGGAGCUGCUGAGCCCUGUGAGUAAGGACCUCCCCCGAGAGAAAGGAUCACUAUGUUACCCCAACACCCCUGAUCCCACAGGGGCCUCCCCACAGUGCCGGAAGGGGGACAUGGAUGCUUUCCUAAAGUCAGAGGAAUCGGAUGGACAGGAUGAGGAUCAAAUCAUUGAGGUGGAUGGCUGGUGCCACCUACCCAAGUUCCCAGCCAAGGCCUCCAGAGGGAGAGACAGGGCCAGGCAAAGUAGCUGGGGGCUGCCUGAGCCAGAGGUGCGUCUGUUGGGGGCUCAGAUCCUCCUGGCCCUGGAAAGUCUUCACCAGCAAGGUGUGGUGUGCCGAGACCUCAACCCAAAGAAUAUCCUGCUCACGAGCAAUGGAAAGGUCUGCCUGACAUUCUUUGGCCAGUGGAGUGAAGUUCAGUCAGAAAUCAACUCUAAAGCUAUGGACCAGAUGUACUGUGCCCCAGAGAUUGGAGGUGUGUCCAAAAUCACAGAGGCUUGUGACUGGUGGAGUCUGGGGGCAUUGCUGAUUGAACUUCUUACUGGAAUGCCCCUGUGGCAGUUCCACCCAGCCGGGGUGCAUUCUCACACCCAGCUCCUGAUCCCAGACCACCUGAGUACUGCAGCCGCCUCCCUGCUCACUGAGCUGCUGCAGUUUGAUGCUGGUUAUCGUUUGGGCUCUGGAGGCGGUGGUGUGAGUGACAUCAAGUGUCACCCCUUCUUCAAUGGUGUCUCCUGGAAGGCACUGUCAAGUUAACAUGCCAACAGACUACCUGUGUGUCUCUGGCCUAAAUGCAGCCUGAACUGUUCUGGGCAGCCACUGCCCCCUUGUGGCUAAAAUAGUUGAAGCCCCAGCUCUGGUGCUACUUCCUGAGCAUCUUACUUCCCAAAGAAAGAUGAUAGAUUGAUUAGAAGUGUAAUUCAGAGCAGCAGACACACAGCUAACAUGUCAACCCUGCAACAACCAACCUCCAUGUUUGAAUGAUAGAGGCUAGUGUAAACCUCACCUGUCCUUUUGACAUAUGGUAGGGCAAGAUGUUUUAAAGAUUAAAGUGUACUCUUUAUCAGCUGACUUUUGGGGUACUUCUGUUAUACAAAUGACAAGCAAUACUUCUGUUAAUAUACUGAACAAAAAUAUAAACGCAACAAAGUGUGGGUCCCAUGUUUCAUGAGCUGAAAUAAAAGACCCCAGAA